AUAGGCACCAAGAUACAAUACUGUUCUUUAAAAAAUGGCAGGCUCCAGUGUUCUUUUUCAGCGCGGAAAGGUUAUAAAACAUCUAUUAUUCAAUAAUUUUUUUAUUGUAUAUCGAAAUUAUUAUUUUAAAACAUUUUACCUUAGAAUUUAAGAUAUUAAAUAAAUUUUUAAAGAGAAUUAUUAAAAAUGCCAAAUAUUAACGAUAUUAUCGCUCAACGUUUGAAUUACGUUCUCUUCCAGAGCGAAUAUGAAGAAGAUAUUUGGGAUGAUACUGAUUUAAUUGCAGCAUAUGAUCUUGCUAUCGAUAGUUUUAAGGCUCGAGUAGGUCUUCAAGAGGGUUCUGCACCCCCCCAACACGGUCCUAGAAGAGAUUAUCGUUCAUCAUAUAAAGGAAGAAGUAAACGGAGAAAGAGCAAAAGUAACGAUGAUUGGCAAAUAGGUUCAAAAUGUUUUGCUGUUUUUAGCGAAGAUGGAGAGACUUAUGAAGCGGUCAUAAGUAGCAUUGACAGAGAAAAUGGAACUUGUGUUGUGACUUAUACUGGUUAUGGAAAUAACGAAGAACAGUAUUUAUCUGAUUUGAUAUCAUCUGCAAAUGAACAUGAAUAUCCGGAAGAGAUGGAUGCUUACAAUAAUGAUGGUAGAAAAGCUUAUUCUGAAAAGGGCAGACAAGAUAUGAAUUAUGAACGAUAUCAUGAAAGUAGCAGUAAUGAAAGACAUAACGAAAGAUUCAGCAAGUAUCACAGCCAGUAUGAAGGCAUGAAAAUUCCCAGUUUUAAUGAAAGAAAUAUGCCACCGCCACCGCCACCUAUGAGUCUUCCACCGUUUGGUUCCAUGCCUCCUAUACCUCCUUUCGCUAUGAACAUACCUGCCCCUCCCCUACCUUCAAUACCACCUUCCCACCCUGGUAUGUUUUCUAAACCAGCAAGAGACGAUGAAGAAUUGAAAAAUAUGCUUCUGUCUUGGUAUAUGAGUGGUUAUCAUACAGGGUACUAUCAGGGGCUAAGAGAAGGUCGAAGAGAAUAG